UGUAAUCAGCACACCUGGGAGCCACGCCCAUCUUUGUCCUCUCCAGUUUCAGUUCAGAUUGUGUAGAAAAUGGCAGCAGCGACUAUUUCUAUUGAGCAAGACCAGUUUUCUUGUUCAGUGUGCCUGGAGGUUUUAAGAGACCCAGUAACGAUCCCCUGCGGACACAGCUACUGUCUGGACUGCAUUGAGGACUACUGGAACCGGGCCAAGCAGAAAGGCCAGUACAGCUGCCCUCAAUGCAGGCAGGUGUUCAACCCGAGACCUCUGCUGAGCAGGAACACAGUCCUGGGGGAGGUGGUGGAGCAGUUCCAGCGGUCUGGACUCCAGGCUGAGGAGGUGAUCUGCAGUGUUUGCACAGUGAGGAAAAACAAAGCUGUUAAAUCCUGCCUGGUGUGCUCCGAGUCUUACUGCGCGGCUCACUCCAGAGUCCAUGAGGAGCGCUUCCAUGGGAAGGCCCAUAAGUUGGUCCCAGCUGUGGACCAGCUGAGAGAGAAGCUGUGUCAACAGCACAACAAGGCUCUGAGGCUGUUCUGUCGCACUGACCAGCAGUGUGUGUGUUCCCAGUGUGUUAAAGAGAGACACAAGGGCCACGAGGCGGUCUCAGUGGGGGACGAGAGAGCAGCCCAGCAGAAAAAACUCCAAGAGGCCUCUUUGAAGUCUGCACAGAAAUUGAAGGACACUGAAAAGGAACUCAGAUAUGUUAUAAAAUACAUCAAGCACUCCACGGACGCGGCGGUGGAGGAGAGCGAGAGGGUUUUCUCUAAGCUGAUCCGCUCCAUAGAGAAGCACAGCAGCGAGGUGAAGGAGGUGAUGCGGGUCCAGGAGAGAGCCGUGGUCAGUCAGGCGGAGGAGCUGCUGGAGAAGAUCCAGAGGGAGAUCUCCGAGUUCAGGAGGGCCGACACCGAGCUGGAGAAGAUCUCUCGCUCUGAGGACCACGUCCACUUCAUCCAGAAGAGCAAGUCUCUUCAUUUCCCAACCAGGACUGUGGAGAUGCCCAACACUGACACACUUCAAUAUGUGAUGUAUAAAACCAUGAGAGGAGGCCUGAUUCAUCUCAAAGACGGUCUGGAUGACACACUGGAGAGAGAAUUCAACAGGAUCUCUGAUAAAGUAAUUUCACUGAAGGAAACCAGCAAUCAAAGUACCUCUGAAAAGACUAAAGUGAAGGACACUGACUUACCAUACAACUCAGAACCAAAGACAAGAGCUGAAUUUCUUCAAUAUUACAACGAUUUAACUCUGGACCCGAACACGGCCAACCCUUAUCUGUGUUUCUCUGAUGGCCGGAGAGGGGUGACCACGCGUUCGGAGCCUCAGCCGUACCCGGACCACCCGCAGCGCUUCACCAGCUGGGCCCAGGUGCUGUGCAGAGCGGGGAUGGCUGGGCGCUGCUACUGGGAGGUGGAGUGGGCCGGUAGCGGAGGGAUCUCCAUCGGCGUCUGCUACAAAAACAUGGGCAGGAGCGGAGGAGGGAGCGACUGCAAACUGGGACACAACUCCAAGUCCUGGAGUCUGGACUGCUCCACCUCAGCCUGCUCCUUUCAGCACAAUAAGGAGAGUGUGAACGUCUCCACCCCCUGCAGCAGCAGGAUAGGAGUGUUUCUGGACUUCAGGGCGGGGACGUUGUCUUUCUAUAAUGUUUCUGAUGCCAUGGUUCUACUCCAUAAAGUCAAGGCUUCAUUCACCCAGCCUCUAUUCCCUGGAUUUUGGGUGGGUCUGAGCUCUACUUUGAGGCUUUGCUCUCCUUAAAUGUAAUAAAGAUUGUAUUCCAUUAACUGUAAGACUAGACUAAAAGUCUAAUGAGUCAAGGUGUAAAUUUUCUUGAGCAUUUUUAUGUUUUUGUAUUGUGAUUUAUUGUGUAUCAAUUCUAUUUUAUUGUAAAAGUUGUGUAUUAAAGCUGUUUUAAAAAAAAAAAAAAAAAAAUCAAGAAUAAAAGCAGUUAAUCUCUGAUACAGAUAAUC